AUGGUCCACGAAGAAGCCACUCAACACAUUUGCCUCACGAUUUUCAAUCACCUCAAACAUGGCAAUAUCACCAUUCGAAACUUGAUCACACUCAGCGGCCAACCAUACGCCAAAAUCCCAACUCUCCGCAUUCUUUCCACCGACGAAAUUGCCAAGAUUUGCAUCGCGCCGGGUCAGUCAAAGGUAAUUUCUUUCUGUGGCGCAGGAGCUCUGGGCGUAGGCGUGGAAGGCAUGGUAGAUUUGUGUGUCGAGGACGAGAAUGAGAACGAGACCGAGGACGAGUCCAAAUCAGAGUCCGACUCCGAAUCCCGGAUCACGACGCUCUAUUGGAAUGGGCCAUGGGAGCGAAGGGGGAAUCAGUUCCAUGCGGCGAGUACGGAUCGAAUGAAAUAUUCGGUGGUUACUUCGUUGCCGCCGGAUGAGGGUGUGCUGGGGUACGUGUCGGUUGAGGUUGGAGAGGUGACGGCGACGGCGAGGUGA